UGAUAAUUGGUGCUUUCACGCUAAUAUCUAUCGCCUGCUGUUGCUUCACAGCGUGGCAGGUGUACGGGACCAAAUACCAGCCAGUCCUCGUCAUGCUGACAGAGACAUUCGACGACUACCUGGAUAUGCUCACUGACGUUUACAUGUUACCCACGUACCACGCCGCAUGCUACUUUGGGGGCUGCAUAGCAUUCUACGCCGUGGAACGCUACAAGACCAAGAAGAUUUCGAAAGUCACGGAGGCGGCGUUGUGGGCUGUCGCUCUGGGUCUCGGCGCGACGUGCAUCUUCUACCGCUUUGAGUGGACACGCGGAACGACACACGGCAAUCUGGCCAAGGUGUCACUUGCCUUCUGGGAUCGCAUCCUCUGGGCCACUGCACUGGCAGCGCUCACGUUCCUCUGCGCAACAGGAAGAGGCGGUAUAAUGCAGAAGAUACUGUCGGCAGCUCCCCUGGCCGUGCUGAGCAGGCUAUCUUUUGGCGUGUACCUCACGCACUUUCCUUUCUACUUCCUCUCAAGCAACGCCAUGAGGACGAAGAGAUACAUGGGCGUCUUCAACUGGUUCAUGGAGAGCUUGUCCGUCUACGUGUGGAGCUGCAUGUUCGCGCUGGUUCUGUUCCUUGCAUGCGAGGCGCCCUUGGGCCGCCUGGACAAGGUCAUCUGGGGGACGCCGCAGUCGAAGAAGCAAGAUCACCAAAUGAACGGCACGUGCGACACGGAGCUCGCCACACACCAGGGCGAAGUGUCCAAAUAGCUGGCAGGAG